AUGGGUGGAGACAUUAGUUUUCUUCAGGAAUACAUGGAGUCAUAUGUCGCUGACGUCAACUCGGACGGCGGCAAGACCACUAUUGUUUUUACGCUCAAAGAAAAACCAGGAGCUUUAGCUGAGACGCUUAAAAUAUUUCAGGCUCACGAAGUAAACCUCACUCACAUCGAAUCACGUCCAUCUAAAACGCAUGCAGGCUGUUACGAAAUACUCCUCAUCGAGAUUUUCAAAAAGCACGGAAGUGGGCUGAUGGUACAAGACUGGAAUGGCGGCAAUUCUGUCCCUUGGUUCCCUCGCCGAAUCGCUGAUAUCGACCAGUUCGCUAAUCGAAUUCUUAGCUAUGGAGCAGAAUUGGAUUCUGAUCAUCCAACACCACCUAUCGCGAGCGCCGUAAAUACUUUGCUGAUAUCGCAUUCAACUUUAGACAGUAUGUCAAGUCAUUCUUCAAUCAAUUAUCUCAUCCAUUUCGAAAAAGAGUGUUUUAGUGGCGACAAAAUUCCUCGAAUCGAAUACACAGCACAGGAGAUAGAAACAUGGCGGACUGUUUACAAUGAGCUUGUGGCAUUAUACCCUAAACAUGCCUGUAAGGAGUUCAACUACAUAUUCCCACUGCUGCAGCAAAAUUGUGGAUUCAGAGCUGACAACAUACCACAACUCCAGGAUGUGUCUGAUUUUCUUAAAGAUUGCACCGGUUUCACUCUUCGUCCCGUUGCUGGACUUCUUUCCUCACGUGAUUUCCUGGCAGGUCUUGCAUUUCGAGUUUUCCACUCUACUCAGUAUAUUCGACAUCACUCUGCUCCUAAGUACACCCCAGAACCCGACAUCUGCCAUGAGUUGCUUGGGCACGCCCCACUGUUCGCUGACGUGGAGUUUGCUCAAUUCUCGCAAGAGAUCGGAUUGGCUAGCCUCGGCGCUUCUGAUGAAAUCAUAAAGCAACUGGCUACGGUAAGAAAUCUUUGGGAAGUUGUGAAUGCAUAACG